UUUUAGUGAAAUAAACCCUCUUCAAAGAGCAAUGCAUCAUCAACGAGACUAACUAUAUAUAGAGUGAAGGACUUGAUUUAAGUAGAGCAGUGAGCACAAGCCUACUUAUUGAUCCAACUCUUUAUCCCUCAGAAUCUCUGGUUUAACCGAAGCUCCGAAUAUGAGGAGACUACUACUUGCAUGCCUCUUUUUCGUCAUCUGCAGCAAGGUUCUCUCUUCCGAAUCUGAAAGCGCUCUCAGACCAGCCCAUGAUCAUUACAAGCUGAGAGAGGGGGAAAGUUCAGCUACCCUUGACUUGAUCAUUAAAACCGAAGAGAGACGACAUCAAAGGAAAACCGAAGAGAGGGACUACCAAAACAAUCAGGGGGAAGUCCAGAAAGUUCAUCUGAAAAGUGUCAACAAAGCAAAGGCCGUUUAUGGUAGCACGACAGCUAAAAAGAAUCACAGCGGUGCACCCGUCAACGUGCUUCAUGCUUCUUUCCUGUCUGCAGCAGUAGGACCAGUAAUAGCUGGACUCGUCACCGUGACUCUGUUCUUCUAAGUUCAAGUGUGUGCAGUUCCACUUAGCAUGGAGACGCUGGCAAGAAAUACUACCACUCUCAUUAAAGCAGGUUAAAAUUUGGGUUCCUCCUCUUGUAUAAGGCUUUCUUUUCGUUUGAAAUUUGUAUACAAGCAAUAACUGCUUUUUCCUGCUCGCCACAUAAGCACUUUC